CAAAGCAGCCAAGGGCAAGAGUCUAGAAAGCAAAGCAAUGCCAACACUGAUGCUCCGAGACCGACGAGUCAGCCGGCAGCGGUAGCUUUGCAGCAAACCAACCCCAGCGGCCAAAGCAGCCAAGGGCAAGAGUCUAGAAAGCAAAGCAAUGCGAACACUGAUGCUCUAAGACCGACGAGUCAGCCGGCAGCGGUAGCUUUGCAGCAAAGCAACCCCAGCGGCCAAAGCUCCCGACGGCAAGCGACGGGAAGACAAAGCAAUGCCAACACUGAAGCUCCGAGAUCGACGAGCCAGCCCGCAGCAGUAGCUUUGCAGCCAAGCGCCCAAAGCAGCCAAAGCAGCCAAGGGCAAGAGUCUAGAAAGCAAAGCAAUGCCAACACUGAUGCUCCGAGACCGACGAGUCAGCCGGCAGCGGUAGCUUUGCAGCAAAGCAACCCCAGCGGCCAAAGCAGCCAAGGGCAAGAGUCUAGAAAGCAAAGCAAUGCGAACUCUGAUGCUCCGAGACCCAUGAGUCAGCCGGCAGCGGUAGCUUUGCAGCAAACCAACCCCAGCGGCCAAAGCAGCCAAGGGCAAGAGUCUAGAAAGCAAAGCAAUGCCAACACUGAUGCUCCGAGACCGAUGAGUCAGCCGGCAGCGGUAGCUUUGCAGCAAAGUAUCCCCAGCGGCCAAAGCAGCCAAGGGCAAGAGUCUAGAAAGCAAAGCAAUGCGAACACUGAUGCUCCAAGACCGACGAGUCAGCCGACAGCUGUAGCUUCGCAGCAAAGCAACCCCAGCGGCCAAAGCGCCCGACGGCAAGAGACGGGAAGGCAAAGCAAUGCCAACACUGAAGCUCUGAGACCGACGAGCCAGCCCGCAGCGGUAGCUUUGCAGCCAAGCGCCCAGAGCAGUCAACAUGGGGACACCAUGCCGUCUCUGAGAAGGAAGGAUACAGAUUCACUCGGCAAGCAGCUCCCCGGAAGCCCGAAGCCGGUGACGUAUUGGCUGCAGCUGGAGUCCAUUCGUGGCCUUCUGUCACACGACCGGACUUACCAGGUCAAGGCAUACUGGCGCCACCUGCCGAAGAAGGUGGUGUCACUGGACCACCUGGCCGGCCCAGGCGAUGAGGGCGCCCUGCGGGUGAGGAAGCAGCUGCCUCUCCCAGCGGAACGCUCCGCCGAGUCGCUGGUCGUGGUGGUGCUGCGCUUCGACGACGUGCCCGGCUCGGAAAGAAACGAGGCGGACCUUGUGGGCUCCGUUCAGCUGGACGUGUUGGAUGCGCAGAACCACAGGCUGGUGGAGCAUGCGCUGCCGCCCUCGGACGCACGGCUCCGCCUACGAAUCUUCCCGCAGUCUAUGGAAGGACCGGAAACUCCAACGCAUGAAGCUGCAGGCCGAGGAGAUUCCUCGACCUCGGAGGUUGAGCAGGGCGAGGAAGAAGCCAUGGAGGAGGAUCCGGUUCUGGACGUUUGAGACCCGCAUUGCAGAGGAGCCAUGAAUAGAAAGCCGACUCCGGCGGGAAAGAACAGGAUCAGGACCCGAUA